AUGGACUCCUCAUCGUCUACCUUUGGGAGCUUACUUGACGACUUAAGCAACCUAGGUCUCAGCGAUAAGGAUGUGGGAGAUCGUUUGAUCAUUGCCCUUGACUUUGGAACCACGUAUAGUGGAAUCGCUUACGCUCUCACCACCGACCCUGAAAAGGUGUUUACGAUUGACUCGUGGCCGGGCGGAGACAGGAAUGCUCCGAAGACACCGACUGCUCUUCAGUAUGGAUCGGACUCCGUUACAAAUUUCAAAUGGGGCUAUGAACUUGAUCGGCUGGAAGGGGAGAAGAUCCAACACAUCAAAUUACUCUUGGAUCCAGAGCAGCCAAGACCGUACUUCAUUCCUACAAAUAUCGAGGUCGAAAAGGCAAAACUUCCAAAACCUGUUGUCGAUGUGGCGAGUGACUAUAUGCGCGCAAUCUUCGAGCACGCCAUAGAAGAAAUUAAAGGCCAGUUCCUCGUGCCAGAGCUCUUACACACCUUCGAUAAACGAUAUGUCCUUACUGUGCCUGCCAUUUGGUCAGACAAGGCAAAAGACAUGACUUCCCGGGCAGCAGAAAAGGCUGGUAUUUCACCGGUGGACAUGAUCACCGAGCCGGAGGCAGCAGCUCUGUUUACUCUGAAGGAUUUGAAGAGCAAAGGCCUAAAGGUCAACGACGCAGUCGUCAUCUGUGAUGCGGGAGGCGGCACUGUUGACCUGAUCUCCUAUGAGAUUCUCAGCUUGGCGCCCUUUGAACUUAGGGCUAUCACGAAGGCGUCUGGUGCUGUCGCUGGCAGUAGCAUGAUCGAUCGGAACCUUGAAGAAGAGAUUCGAAAGGUUGUUGGGGAUGAGGCCUUCGUCUCAUUGAAAAAGACUGAAGGCUAUCAAAACGCUCUGAAAGAGUUUGCCAUAGCUAUCAAACCAGGUUUCCGUGGUAAGGAUGAUAGGGACAAGUAUUUAAGCUUCCCAAUGGCAAAGCUCGAAGACAAUCCUGCGAAUGGGUUGGUCAAGAAUUCGAUGACACUAUCAGGGGCUACAAUGUUCCGGCUGUUUGACCCAAUAGUUCGUGAAGUUGAUCGCUUGGUCGGGGAGCAGAUCAGCGCCGUCAAGAUUGAGCGUUUGCAAGCUAGCCCACCCAAUCCAAAUGGCGUCAAGGCAAUUUUCCUCGUUGGUGGUUUCGGGUCAAGCGACUAUUUAGCAAAAGCCAUCCAGAAUUCAAACCCUGGAGUCACGGUGAUUCAGCCGAAAGAAGCGUGGUCGUCGAUUUCCAGAGGUGCGGUCUUGAGUAAAUUGCCAAUGUCAGCGCCUAUCGUGGUUGCAACAAAGGCCGCGAAACACUAUGGCACGAUCGCGCUCACCGCAUGGGAUCCCACUAGGGACACAGGCUUUCCGAAGUUGCGGAACCGUUGGACCAGUCAAGACGAAUGCGACAUUAUGGAUUGGUUCAUACGCAUGGAUGACGAACUCAACCGUGGCGAGAAAAUAACCUUGUCCUUCAAACGGAAAUUCCCUGGGCAUAAGCCUCGUGGAGAGACCCUCCGAGUCCAAGACGACCUGUAUGAAUCUACUGCCCUGCCGGUGCCGGAACACCCAGUCAACAUCAUCCUCAACUGUGUGUUGCACACAGAUCUUAACGAUGUUCCUAGGAGACUAUUUAAAAAGAAGCGCCGAGCUUCGGACGGCGAGCCUUACUGCCAGUUGUCGUACGACUUGCAAGUGGAGAAUACCGAGUCAGGACUGCUGAAGUAUUCUCUGUUGAUCGAGGGUGAGGAACAUUCUGCCGUGGAAACAAGUUAUUGA